AUGAUCUCACGAAACGUGCAAAGAGUUUUUGUUUUAUUGUCUUGCACUUUUUUGGGUUUGAUUUGUGGAACACUUUAUCUUUAUUCAUCAUACAGUCCCCAACUAGCAAACCAAUUGCAUUACAGUGCAUCUGACUCAUCAAUAAUAGCCCUUUGUGGAACUAUAGGUGUAGCAAUAGCUGGUCCAAUAUCUGGUGCUGUUGUGGAUAAAAAGGGGUAUACCGUGUCACUACUAAUAGGUGGCAUUUUGAUUAUAUUUUCGUACAUUGGAUUGAAACGGCAAUUUGACUAUGCUUGGAGCAAUUUGCAUUUUUCUAGUUUAACCAUCUUUUUGGUGGGAGUAGGCUCAACGUUCAUUAAUUCUGCAUGUUUGAAAUGUUGUGCUGUAAGUUUCCCCAGUAUUAGAGGCGUGGCUACAAGUUUACCAUUAGCCUUGUAUGGAUUAAGUGCCCUUUUUUAUUCAGUUAUAGCAUCUGUGUUUUAUCCUGGUGAUACAUCUAGCUUUUUGGGGUUUUUGGUAAUGUCAAUUAUUUUUAUCUAUUUGAUUUGUUUCCCAAGUGUCUAUAUUGCUGAUUGUGAACACAAACUAAAAAGUGCUUCAACAUUCCACAAACCUUCGGCUACUAGCAAUUCUAAUCAUCAUCAUGGGCCUAAUGCAGAAUCUCAUUCAGUAUCUUCCUUAUUUACUGAUGUUAAAUUUUGGCUCCUUUUUCUUAUAACUGGAACUUUGGCUGCUAUGGGGCAAAUGUACAUCUACUCUGUGGGAUAUAUGGUCAAGGCGUUAGUUACUAAGGCGUUGCCUGCGGAAAUGAAUGUGAGUAUGAUAAUCCAACAAGAUCAACAGUUUCAAGUGGGGCUUAUAUCUAUAGCCAAUUUCAUUGGAAGAAUAGUUUCUGGGGUCGCCGGUGACAUUAUAACUCAGUCAUUCCAUAAACCAAGAGAAUCUUUACUAUUUAUACCUGCUAUUGGCAUGGCAGUAUGUCAGUUACUAGCCUUUAACAUUGAGAGCUACACUGAGCUACCUUCCAAUUCAUUUCUAAUAGGAUUUUUCUACGGGUUUACAUUUUGUAUCCUGCCAAUUAUUGUUGGAGAUGCCUUUGGUAUGGAGAAUUUUUCUUUUAAUUGGGGUAUCGUGAGUAUGAGUCCAAUUGUACCUAGCUUUUAUUUCACAAAAUUGUUUGGUCAGAUCUAUGAUUCCAAUUCCGUAACCAUUCAGGAUUUAAAUGAUGCAAACUCAAACACCUUUGUUUGCACUUUGGGUAAGUUAUGCUACAAUUCGAUUUUCAAAUUGACAUUGGCUUUAAGUCUAUCUGCAUUAUUCGCUGUAAUAGUGCUAAAUUUCCGAGAGUUUAUUUCAAAACGAAGAAAGAUAACUUCCUUGCCACUUGCAUCCCCAACACAGGGUAUAGUUAACGAAAAAGUCAACUGA